GCACCAGCCAAUGUUGUUGUCGAUCGCGCACCUGCACGCACAUGCGUGGCAUGCACGACCCACCGCGUGUCCAACAACACACAACAAACCACCCGCCAUUGUUUGUUGUUCCUUUCCCAAGAACAAAGCGUCAACAAAGACAGCCGUUCGUUCGUCUGCGCGCUCGUCGUGGCUCGCUUGUGUUGUGGUCGCGACCGCACUGCUGUUGGCUGCCAACGCUGGCACCUCCCACGCCGCUCUUGACUUGGGCGAUGAGCUUACCUUGACCGAGUUCCUCAACGAUGCGGGUGUUGACGGGUGCGUGAAGCUGACGGCGUCCUCCACCGGGUACUACUUCCACAACGGCCAGGAAGCGGGUCUCUCCCGCUCUCGCUGCUCCACCGGUGGCACGUGCCAGUGCCGUCAGUUUGAGGCGUGCGACAACGGAGAUUGCCUGAAGGUGUACCCUUGCAACGACACGGAAUCCACCGGCUGCGUUGCCGUGUCCAACUGCACCCAAACCGUCUUCGACACAACCUUCGAGGUCACCGUUGACUGUAGUCGCGGCGACCCCCUUGACGAGCGGGAUGAGGAGGGCCUUGACUUCUUUGGCAUGCGCUGGAAGCAGGCGCUGGCUGAGGACUGCGGCAUUGGACGGGUGUGCCGGUACAACGGCGACACUGCGGCGACGAUUGACGUUGUCAAUGCCACUGUGUUCCGCACCACCACGCUCAACUCUGAGCACGUGGAUGCGCUGCGUGCGUGCGUGGCAACGGCGGCCUCGUUCCGCUUCAACUUCUGCACCGUCACCAGUGUCACGGAGGUCCCAGUCACAACCACGACCACAACCACAACCACGACCACAACAACCACGACCACGACCACGACCACGACCACAACAACUACUACGACAACUACGACAACCACCACGACGCUGCCAGACUGCACGUACGACUGCGAGAGCACUGUCAAUGCCUGCAUCGGCAAGUUCACUGUGACCGGCGUCGACACCGGCAACACGAUUCGCUGCGUUGCACUCAGCUCGAGCCCAGCCGCCAUGUAUGAAAACAUCACCACGUCAGAGGAGGACUUUUGGGGCGUCGCCUUAAACAACGCCGACUACGACAGCGACUACAACGCGAUCGAAGCAGAUGCAGAGACGGGCGUCGACAUCACACUGCGGACUGGCAACCAGGGUGGCACGUUCACCCACGUGUGCAGUGCUCGCCCCACUAACUCGAGCGGACUGUGUCCGCUCGUGGUGACUGACCCGCCUUCUACCGCACCCUGCUUCCCUGGCUGGGCGGAGAUUAUCUUGGAGAGCGGCGAGCGUGUGCAGCUGCGUGACCUCAAGACUGGCGACCGUGUGCUGUGCUUGUCGGCUUCGAACGGUAACAGUCUGGCCUACUGCGACAUGAAGACAUUCAUCAACGUCCAGCACAACAAGACCAGCCCCUUUGUGGAGCUGCACUACACGGACAAGGACGGUAACGCCAGUGUGCUCACCUCGACCCCCGACCACUUCAUCUUCCGCGCUGGCGAGGACGUGGAUGUGUCCAACGCAUCCACCACCAAGCCCGCCGGCGACUUCAUCUUUGCAGAGAACUUUGUUGUAGGCGACCGCCUCAUGCGCUACGACGACGCCGGCUUUGUGUACACCGUCGUCAUCACCAGCAUCACGGAGACGACGGACAAUGAGUUCUACUCACCCGUCACCAACGACGGCUCCACGCUGUUUGUGGACGACGUGUUUGCGUCCUCGUUUGCCUUCCUCGCAUCCGCGGAGGCCCUGCGCAAGCUGAACGCCCCCAUCUGGCAGAACGACGACGCCCGCUUCAGCGUUCCAACCGCUGGCAAAGACUUCCCUGUUGGCCUACACCCGUUUGUUGCGGAGCGCGCCCGCCUCAUUGUUCAGGCCAACGUCAGCGGCCAGACGGUUGACUUUGGCGGCCUUCUUGGCUACAUUGGCCAGCAGCUCGCUCAAGGCCACAUCUUCUCCGAGCAGGAGAUGCUUGACCUCAUUCCCACUUACAUCAGCUAA